AUGGGUUCUCACGCUACUGUCUCUCCUCAGCCUCACAUCCCGGCAUCCGGUGUCUGGUGCCCCGCGGUCACCUUCUUCAACCAUGGCACUGACUCGCUCGAUCUCGAAUCGCAAUCCAAAUAUUUCGCUUACCUCUCCACGACUGGCCUUGCCGGUUUGGUAAUCCUGGGCACCAAUUCCGAAGCCUUCCUUCUCACGCGCGAGGAACGAUCGCAGCUGAUCGCAACCGCCCGAGCCGCCGUUGGGCCCGACUUUCCACUGAUGGCCGGCGUGGGCGCUCACUCAACCAAGCAAACUCUGGAGCUGGCGCACGAUGCUGCAGCUGCCGGCGCCAACUACUUGCUUGUGCUUCCCCCUGCAUACUUCGGCAGGGCCACCAACAUGAAUGUGGUCAAGCGAUUCUUCUCCGAAGUGGCCGCAAAGGCCCCGCUGCCCAUAGUGGUGUAUAACUUCCCCGGUGUCUGUAAUGGGGUGGACAUGGACUCUGAUACUAUCGCCGCGAUCGCCAAGGAGUCCGCCUCCUCGCACCCCAGUGGACGCUCCAAUGUGGUGGGUGUUAAGCUCACGUGUGGAUCCGUGGGCAAGAUCACUCGGCUAGCUGCCGAGUUGGCGCCCGAGGACUUCGCGACGUUUGGAGGGCAGUCCGACUUCCUGAUUGGUGGACUCGCUGCUGGCAGCGUGGGCUGCAUUGCAGCAUUUGCCAACGUCUUCCCGAAGGUAGCCUCCCGCAUCUAUGCCUUGUACCAAAAGGGUCAGGUGGACGAGGCGGUGAAAUUGCAACGGAAGGCGGCUCUGGCCGAAAGCCCGAUUAAGAGUGGCAUUGCCUCAACUAAACAUGCGGUGGCAUGCUAUUCAGCCCCGCUCGCAGGAAUUCCUGAUGCCGCUGCCAACCUGGCACCCCGCCACCCGUACGAGGAGGUGGGCGAAGGGCCCAAAAAGGCGAUUCGCGAGGUCAUGGCCGAGGUCGCUGAGAUCGAAAAAAGCUUGUAA